AUUAAGAUUAACAUUUAUUUAAUAUAAUUUUAUGAUUUAGUUUAUGAGUUUAAUCAGUCAAAUAAUCAAUACAGCUGAUGAAGAAUUACGUUAUCCAAAUGGCGGUGAGUUAUCUACUUUAAUCUAUUUUUUUAAUACCGCAAAUACAAGAAUUAAUAUUAUAAAUAAAUUAAAAGAACGAGAAAAAGAUAUUAUACAAAAUGCAAGCAAAAAAUUAUUUCAACUCCAUCCUGAAUAUGUUUCUUCUGGAGGUAAUGCUUCAGGUCCUAAACAAAGGGCUUUAUGCUUGAGAGAUUAUGGAUGGUAUCUUCGUUUAGUGACUUACGGAAUUCUUGCAGGAGAUAUAACACCUAUAGAGAAAAUCGGUAUUAUUGGUGUGAAAGACAUGUACAACUCUUUGGGUGUACCUAUUAUUGGAAUGUAUGAUGCUAUUAAAUGUCUUAAAGAAGCAAGUAUUAAUAUUUUUGAGUUGAGCGAAGAAAAAGAUUUAAUUAUUCCAUAUUUUGAUUAUCUUAGUAAUGCAAUAUUAAGUUAAUUAAUUUUUUGUUGAAAUUAGUUAACUUAUAUGAUAUAAUCUGGUUAAGGCCCAUUAGUCUAUAAUAGAAUUGAAUUGAGAGGACAUGUAAGUAGCAUCAAUCUAGUUUCUAUUAUAUAUUAAUGGGUUAUAUAAUUUUUAUAUGCGGAUGACGAGACUCGAACUCGUAAGGCCUAAAGCCAUACGCCCCUCAAGCGUACAUGGUUACCAAUUUCAUCACAACCGCUCUAUAUAUAUAAUUAAUAUAUAAUUAUACUAUUAUCAGUAAUAUCAUAAUAAAUCCUUCAAAAUUUUAUAUUAAAAAAUCUAUAGAAAAAGUUAUAAUAAUAUAUUAUUAUAACUUUUUCUAUAGAUUUUUUAAUAUAAAAUUUUGAAGGAUUUAUUAUGACAUCUUCUUUAUUAAAUUUUUUCAAUAGUUUAUUUCUAGGUUUUAUUAUAGUUGUUUUACCAAUUACUAUAUUGCUUAUUUAUGUAAGUUAUAAAGAUAGAGUAAUAAGAAAUUAAAUUAUAUUAUAAUUAUAAUAAACAUUAUGAUAAUUAA